AACCGUUGCUAGCGCGUUGCUGCACAUUAUUACUCGAUUGAACAUUGAAGAGUAAGUAAUAAUAUCAGAUUCAAGUUCAAUACAUAACCAAAAAAAAAAAAAAAAAAAAGAGUAGUAGAUAAAAUAAAAAUGAAAUUGGCGGCCAUCAUCAACACUGGCACUGGCAGCAGCAGCAGCAGUAGUGGUUUCUUCUUCUUCUUUGAUUCAGUUGCAUCUUCUCCAAGUAGAAGUAGAAGUAGAAGUAGAAGUCAGCACCAGCGGUACCGGAGGUGGGGUCCAGUGGUGGUGUCAUCAUCAUCUCGUGCGGCGGAGCAGGAGCUCUACACCGUGCUUGGCAUCAGUCCCAAUGCCUCCUCCUCUGACGUCAAACGGGCUUAUCGCCUUCUCGCCCGUAAGUAUCAUCCUGAUGUUAGCAAGGAUUCAAAAGCUGGUGAGGUAUUCAAGAGUAUCCGUCAUGCAUAUGAAGUACUGUCUAAUGAAGCAACAAGGACUCAGUAUGACCAAGAACUCAAAUUUCAUGAAGAUACUGACAGGCCAUAUAGAGGAAAAUGGGACCAAAGCCCUGAAUAUGAAGCCAGGGUAAGGAUUUAUAGGUGGGCUGAACUGAGGUGGAAAAUGCAACAUGAGAGACAUUGGGAACGUUAUAAUGUCAGGGAAGAUAAUUCCUCCGAUAAUGAAGUAGAUGAGGUGGUUGAAGAAGGGAAUACAGAUGAAGAGAGAGGUCCCUUCACCGAAGUGCUUAGAUCUGCCUUUCUAUCUUUAUUUUUACUGCAGACAUUUGGAUCCAGAUUGUCUCUCACUUUUAGUAGCCUCAUGGCUUUGUUCGAUAGGAAGUUGGAUGCUGGGUAUAAGAUUGGUUAUGUAAUUGCAUGGAUAUUGGGUGGGAGGGGUGGUGUUUUGCUAACAUUGUGCCUCUCAUUUGCAAGUUGGGUUUGUGGAAAAACCAGUAGCAGUAUAGUUGCUCUAGUGGUGGUAGCCAUGUGGGUAGGCUCCAAUCUUGCAAGGUAUGCACCACUUCCACAGGGCGCACUGCUUACUCUUCUGUACAUGUCUAUUAAGCUGCAGGUCGAUUUAAAGUAAUUCUUGCCACUCCUAUCUUAUCUUCUGUAAUAAAUUACAGGUCUUUGUUCUUUAGAAUGAAGUUGUGCAUAUGCUGACAUAUGAUGUUCUUCUUGUUGUACAUACUACAUAGACUCACCUGUUGGAUAUAAAACUCUAGUGUCUACAGGUUUGAUGAAUAGAAUUGUAAAAUUUGCAGAUUAGACAUUGAAAUUCUUGUUGGACCAAGAAUUUGGAUUCGUCAGAUCUUAUAAUUUUGGAGCAAAAUAUACCUGUUUUGAUUGUAUUA